GACACUCAAUUUCAAGUGAUUAAAAUCUUAAAAUUUAUUUCUUGGAAAUGAUUUUAACAAGUUAUACAUGAGGUGUGGUUAAAUUUUAGUAUUAAUGGCAAAUUUACCGAAUGGCUGGCUUCAGCUGGUACCUCUCUGAAGGCUUCCAAGUGAUAAUUGAGAAGUCAAAAGAAGAUAAAUGUUCAUUAAAUGAUGUCCAAUUACGUUUCCUUUGCCCUGAUGAUUUAGAAGAAGUAAGAGCACUAUGCAGAGAUUGGUUUCCAAUAGAAUACCCACAAUCAUGGUAUGAAGAUAUAACAUCAUCUGAAAGAUUCUUUGCACUAGCUGCAGUAUACAAGAGCCAAAUUAUAGGACUCAUUGUAGCUGAGAUCAAACCAUAUUUAAAAUUAAAUGCAGAGGACAGAGGAAUACUGUCAAGAUGGUUUGCAUCAAAAGACACACUUGUAGCUUAUAUUUUGUCAUUAGGUGUAGUCCGAUCAUACAGACGGUCCGGUGUAGCGACAAUGCUUUUAGAUGUGUUGAUCAAGCACUUAGCAGGACCUGUUGUUCAACUUCCUCAUGAGCAUAGAGUAAAGGCUAUAUUCCUUCAUGUGCUCACCACAAACAAUGAGGCUAUACAUUUUUACGAAAAGAGAAGAUUUCGAUUACAUUCAUUUUUGCCUUACUACUAUUCAAUAAAGGGACGUUGUAAGGAUGGGUUUACCUAUGUAUAUUACGUGAAUGGAGGUCAUGCUCCUUGGGGGAUAUAUGACUAUGUCAAAUAUGUAGCUCGAGCAGCGUGGAGCGGAGGUGGACUUUACCCCUGGAUUUGGGGUAAGCUCCGAACAGCUCUUACCAUAGCAUGGCACAGAUAGUCAAUUUAAUACUCCGUGAAUUAUAUACUCUAAUACACUAACAUGCUAAUAUUAGUCUAAGUCUACUCGUAAGAAUAUUUGGAAAGAACUUGGUCAUUCCCUAACACUAUAAUUUGUAUGUUUGAUAAAUUUAUAUUGUCCAAUUUCAAAUUUUAUGAUUAAUUUGGCAAUCUAAAACAUAUGGCAAAUGGAUUUCCCUUUUUUAUUUACCAAGUUUCCGGUACCAUUUCAUUAAAAUAUUUUUAUUUCAAAUAUUUGUUAAUCAUUUAAAAAUAUUAAAAGUAUUGAUGGUAUUGUUCAGUUAAAAGAAAUAUAUACAACAGUGUACACUAUAAUUGUAAGACAGUUAUUUGUUUUAAUGAUUCUUGUGUCAUUUACGGACACAAUAUGAAAAGCAGUUAAAAUUAACACUUGUAUACACAUAUAUAAUACAUGUUUUUAGUGCAUUUAGUAUACAUAAAAUAUAUAUACAGACGAACCUGAAUAAGCGAGAAUCAUUGUCCAGUAUCCCGACCUCUAUAAGCGAGAAAUUUGGAUAAGAGAGAAACCUCUAUAAGCGAGAAAAAUAUUUCUGCCUCUUAAAUUCUUGCUUAUCCAGGUUCGACUAAAAAUUUACUAGUGACGUAUGAUAAUUCAUAUUGUUCUAGUCCCAUGAGUCUAUUGAAAUAAUAUGGGUUUGCUUAUAAAACAUUUUGAGAUUAUUUUGUUACGAAGACCAAAUAAUUAUAAUGCAACCGUUUUAAAAAUACCUUUACCAUGCCUUAUAAAUGUAUGAAAUGUAUGAUCCAUUUUCGCUUGCAUGGCCAAUGUUAAAUUUAUGACAAAAAUUUAAAUAUUUUAUUCUAUAAAUGUCAUAAUGCAAGCAAAUGUGAUUAAAAUAGAAAAAAAAUUGUAGAUUUUUUUUAGUCUGUGGCGUUGUCAAAACAUAUUUUUAAAAUCAGUCCAGUGAUUUAGUAUUGCGUACGGGGACACAAAUUUUUUUCUUUUAUUUUAGAAGAUUAAGGUCAACCGGUAAAUGGACAUUGUUAAUAUUAUAAUUAAUUUAAAUAUAAUAUAAUACAAUUACAUUGCAAGCUAUUUAUGCAAUAAUGCUUGAUUUUUUUUUAAUUUGAUUUUUUUUAAUUAAUUGUUAUUAUAAAAAUUUGCAUAAUUUUUAACAUAUUUGUCAAUUUAAAUGGUAAACACACUUGAUGUGCGAGGUCACAUUUAGUAAUUUUUUUAAAUUUUAUAACAUUAAAUUUGCAUAAAUCAACAGUUUUUAAACAUAUUAGGAGGAUAUUUUGAAUAUACACUGCCAUUAACAUCGUCCAUAACACAAGCAACAAGUAUAAUUAAUUAAAAACGUAAAUAACAGUUUCAGUCCUCUUUCUUAUGAAGUACAGUGGGCACCGUUGGCACUACACCACUUACAAAAAAGUGCCUUCAUACAAAAAAACGAUAUACGGUGCUAUCGAUGUUUUAAUAUAAAUCAACUAAACCUGCAUACCUCUGUCUUUGUGUGGAAUAUAUGUUUUUAACAUAUAUCGUUUUAAGACAUACAAGACGUACAAACGAUUUUCGCUAUAGAUGUAUACCGUCUGCCAACCCCACUGUACUUACACAAUUAAACUAGGCCAGUGUUUACUACAUUCGGUUUUUUUUCAAUACUCUUAUAUGUUUCUUUAUGUAAAUGACUUAUGUAUCUUAAAUUUUUUUAUUAAACUAAUUAUUGUUUCUUUGUAUUCAGAUUUAAGAUACAUCUUAGCAGUAAAGUUAACAAUACUGUUCAAUAUAACUUGCUUUUCAGUUUAUAUGCUUCAUAGCCGUAGGUUUUCACUGCUAAAAUAUCCAUAAAAACAUAUUUUUAUUUCAGUUUUUUUACAAAGAAGACAGUAUGUUAAAUUAAUCUUUUGUCAGUGUAAUCUUACGGUUAUCGUUUAAGAUGAAUUAUCGUUUAUUUUAACUUAAAAUUGAUAAAUUCUUAACACCUUUACGUUUUGUGCUACGGCUUAGUUUCACCUCGUACUUCCAAUAUAAACUUACAGAAUAAAUGGCCGAUAACAGGCAUUAUACACCAAAUACUGUCAUAUAAUGUAUAUCAAAUAAGAAAUAUAGUAUUAAUCCAAUAAUUUAUGAUAAUUGGCACGUAAAUUUGUGUACUUUUACAAUUUAGGUACUGUUUACAAUAAUAUACAGAAGGGGAAUUGCAGAAUGUAAAUUUAUAGUGUGCCAUGGGUUUAUGCCAAGAAAUUUAAAGUAAGGAGCCUGUGUGUUCAAAUAUAUGGUAAAUAUUAAACAGUUAUGUAAUUGAUAAUGAUAAGUGAAAUUUUCUUUUUAAUAUAGUCUGAAUUAAACUGCAUCAUUUGAACCGUCAAGGUCCGUUUUAACAGCGGCAUUCUAAUAUAUGUCAUAUUGUACCAGUGUGUUUUAUAAACGGACAGACUAAUCUGGUCAAACUAAAUUUCAGUAGCUUAUAAGCUCCCUCCAUGUCAAAAACUUGUCACAAAAUCCAUGUUGUACUUUGUUUUGUCAUGUCUAAUAUUGUCCAUUAUUUUCUAUGCCUAGGUAGAUUUUACAUAUUUUCUGACAGAUCUAACCGCCUCUUACCGGGCCAGAUGAGUUUGUCCUAUUAUAUUGUUAAUUUUACAAUUGAGAGAAUGAGUGCCUUUUGUUAACUAUAGAUAUCAGCAUGAUCAAGAGUGCAGUAGCACUAAAUAUAUUACAGAUAAAAAAUAAUUUUAUAUACAAAGUACUCUGUGGUGUGUAGUCAUAACAACGACAUCUGUCAAAUUUUACUCGAACAAUUAAAUGAGGAGUUUUUUUUUUAAAUAAUUCAUAGAUUAUAUAGCAAAAAACGUUUUUUCCAUUUGUAGAUGCAUAUCGGCUUCGGAGUAUUUUCAAAUUGUUUGCAGUUAAUAAGGAAUUCAUUUGUAUUUUUUUAUUGCUAAAGUGACAUAAAAAAUCUUUGACAGAUUGUCAUCUGUCAAAGAUUUGGCUAUGGCCAACUGUUGACGUUGGCGCCACCUAUUGUUUUUCUACCCGUUUGGAUAUUUUUUCAAUUUAGUCGAGCUUUCUAGUGUAGUUGUCAAAACGGACCUUAUUACGUGAGGAUAUAAGUCGACAUAAACUGUAUAUAAACCAACAGUUAUAUAUUUUAGGUUGUUUUUUGUUUAACAGAAAUAACAUUUGUACAUAAACGAAGUUAUAAUUAAUUUUGACUUACUGUAAACCAAAGCUUUCAAUUAAAUACUUUCAUAUUUUGAUUUUUAUUAAAGUAUUAACUAAAUUAUUAUUUAUUUAGACGUAUGAUAACGAUUAGUAUUAUUUUACGGACCAUUUUUUAUUUUUAAUAUUGUGAUAUUUUGUAAAACAGAAAUGUUUGUCAAAUUACCAAAAUCCUUUGGUCGAAAUUCAGAAAGUUCACGCGAAGACAAAUGUAGCCAUUGUUAACAUCACAUCAAUGUUUUAUAGCUGCACGUUCCUAAUCUUUUUUGAACGUAUUUUAUAUUUAUUUAUGAUAUAUUUAAACAUUUAGUAUUACGGAAAAGCAUAAGCUUCCAAAUAAAUAUCAUUGUUGACAAUUUU